AUGCAAUUUAAGCUGUGCACAUUUCUAUUUGGAAUAUCGGCUAGGAAACAGGCUAACUUGUUUCCGCAAAUAUUGGCACGAAUUCACAUUGCAGAAAAGACGAAUCAAAAUAUUAUUGACAAUUUCCUGACAAGCCGCAUUGGGCAGCCAGUACAAUUUACGGCUCGAGGCUUUUUUACAAUCAGCAAUAGAACAUUAUUUAAUAUAUUUUCAGCAGUGACAACUUACUUAGUUAUAUUGAUGCAAUUUAAGCAACUAGAGGAAAACAUUAAUCAUGGACAGUGA